GAUAAGAAAACAUCUGAGUGAGGUUAGACUGCAAGCAUUUAAAAGCAGCUCUCGAGCAAUUCCCUGCAGUUUCACAGUAGAUAGCCAACAAACCAACGCCCACUCGCAAAAACCACUAAAAGUAGACUUAACCAUGAACAGGGAAUUGGCAGGUUGCCUUUGCUUCCUCUGUUUGGCGACGUUGGCGUUGUCCAGCCUGGCGCAGACCACUUCGUCCAAACCAACGCUGGCAUCGGCCUUCAGCGCUAAAUCCACAACCCCCGCUGCCUCGAAGACGAAUAGGACCAGUACGGGUCAUGGAACAAAGGCUGAGCUGCUGCCCAUGGUCAUCAAUACUUGGAACUUCACGGCUGCCAAUGUGUUGGCCUGGCGGAUCCUGAAGCAGAGUAAGGGCGGCCUCCGGCAGACGCGCAAUGCCGUGGUGGAGGGCUGCACCAAGUGCGAAAAACUGCAGUGCGAUCGCACGGUGGGCUACGGCGGAUCUCCGGACGAGUCGGGCGAGACCACGCUGGACGCCAUGGUCAUGGAUGGCGCCACCAUGGAUGUCGGUGCAGUGGCUGGCCUGCGACGCAUCAAGGACGCCAUCAAGGUGGCACGACAUGUCCUGGAACACACACAACACACCAUGCUGGUGGGCGAUGCGGCGUCCGCCUUCGCCAAUGCCAUGGGGUUCGAGUCCGAGUCGCUGGUCACGCCGGAGUCGAAGGACAUGUGGCUGCAGUGGACGGCGGAGAACUGCCAGCCGAACUUCUGGAGGAACGUGCAUCCCGAUCCCAAGGUCUCCUGCGGCCCGUACAAGCCCCGGCCCACUCCGCUGACCCGCUGGAAGGAGGACCGUGCCCGCACUGAGUACGAGAUCGGGCGCAAGAACCACGACACCAUCGGUAUGAUCGCCAUCGAUGUGGAGAACAACAUCCAUGUGGGCACCUCCACCAAUGGGGCGAAGCACAAGAUUCCCGGACGGGUUGGAGAUUCCCCCAUUCCGGGUGCCGGUGCUUAUGCAGACAACGAGGUGGGUGCCGCCGUGGCCACCGGCGACGGAGAUGUGAUGAUGCGCUUCCUGCCCGCGCUCCUCGCCGUCGAGGCCAUGCGGGCGGGAAGGCCUCCGGCUGAGGCCGCCGAGGUGGGCAUCCGGCGGAUUUUGAAGCACCACAAGGACUUUAUGGGCGCCGUAAUUGCGGUGGAUCGGCUGGGAAAUUAUGCGGCCGCCUGCUACGGAUUGGAUGAGUUCCCCUUUAUGGUCAGCAGUCCAGCGGGAAAGGAUGGGCCCACGCGAAUGGAAACAGUCAAGUGCAUAGCGGGUCAAGAAAAAGUAAACGUAGUGCCCUUGUAAGAAGGCGAAAAAAAUGUAAAAUGACAAAUAAAAUCGUAAUUUGAAUUUGAA